UCAUGCGCAAUAAGCGGCGUUCUAUCAGGAAGUGAGAGAGCUCCAUCCGGGGCAGACAGGCUGCAUGGCUCUCUAGAGAGGUCAGGCAGGUAGUUUUAACCAGCCUUACCAUGUCCACUUUGUCUACCUACGCUCUGCGAAUGGGCCGUCUAAGUGCCAGAAUCUUUGGAGAAGUGGUAAGGCCAACAGAUGAUCGUUCAUUGAAAGUGGUGAAGCUAUUCAGUGAACAACCCCUAGCCAAAAGGAAAGAAGUCUAUGACUGGUACCCUCAACAUAAUACUUAUGUGCCUCUAAUGAGGACUCUCCGGUUUCUGGGACUCUACAGGGAUGAGCAUGAGGAUUUUAAGGAAGAGAUGAGACGCCUUAAGAAGCUACGUGGAAAAGGCAAACCGAAAAAGGGUGAAGGGAAGAGAGCCCUCAAAAAGAAAUGAGGGGUCUCGGACUGAUUAGCCUGGACAUGUGGCAGACCAAUAUAUGUAGGGACAAAUUACACUGUAAGCCCCAGCACUCCACACAAACAGCUUGGUGGCAGUCAAAUAAGGAACAUUCAAAAGCUAUAAUAUUUAUCCAUGUAUGUGCUGUACAUUUUGUGUAUUGUUACCUUAAAAGUCCAACUGUUCUCACUAAAGAGUAUAUUUCAGUUUUGAAUUCUCAACUCUGGGUUUAAAAAAACCAAAGUUAAC